UUCGUCACUAGUGCACCGGUACCCCGAAUCCACAGUAAAAACAAACAAAAGCAAAGGAGAGGAAAAGGAGAGGAACCCGAACUCGAAGAGCAUCUCAUCGGAUUUUUUGUCGAGCGCCAGCGCCAGCGACGCGAUCCAGCUCCUCCAUAAUUGAUCGCGAUCUCCACUUUCUCCUCUCAAUUUCAUGUAUAGAUAAAGAUGUCGGGCCAAAGUCAGCGCUUGAAUGUAGUUCCUACUGUUACAAUGCUGGGAGUCGUGAAAGCUCGCCUUGUUGGUGCUACAAGAGGUCAUGCCCUUUUGAAAAAGAAGAGUGAUGCUCUUACUGUUCAGUUCCGUCAAAUUCUCAAGGAGAUUGUUUCGACAAAGGAAUCCAUGGGAGAGAUCAUGAAAGCAUCAUCAUUUGCACUAACUGAAGCAAAGUAUGUUGCUGGGGAGAACAUCAAGCAUAUUGUUCUUGAGAAUGUUCAUAAUGCAUCCCUGAAGGUUCGCUCUCGACAGGAGAAUAUUGCUGGUGUGAAGCUUCCUAAGUUUGAGUAUUUUACUGAGGGCGAGACAAAAAAUGCCCUGACGGGAUUAGCCAGAGGUGGGCAACAAGUGCAGCAAUGUCGUGCUGCUUAUGUAAAAGCAAUUGAGGUUCUAGUUGAGCUUGCUUCACUGCAGACAUCUUUUUUAACACUCGAUGAAGCCAUAAAGACCACAAAUCGUAGAGUCAAUGCUUUGGAGAAUGUUGUGAAGCCGAGGUUGGAGAACACAGUAAGUUAUAUCAAGGCCGAGUUGGAUGAGCUUGAAAGGGAGGACUUCUUCCGGUUAAAGAAGAUCCAAGGCUAUAAGAAGAGGGAAAUUGAGAGGCAGACUGCAGCUGCUAAGGAGUUUGCCGAGGACAAGUUUCUAGAGAAUGUGUCUUUGCAGAAGGGCAUUUCACUAAAUUCAGCACACAAUUUGUUGUCUGCUGGUAUGGAGAAGGAUGAGGAUAUAAUUUUCUGAUGUGGAGCAAGGCUUAUUCAUUCUUAGGAUGGGUGGCUUUGUGACUGUUUUCUGUGAAAAGUUCCGAUUACUUAGAUGGUGAUCCUGUGAUGCAAAUAAGAGUUUCCGAAUGCUUCUAUUUAUUUUGUAUUAAUUGGAUGGGAGUUUUCAUCAUUUCAGGGAUUUUAGUAGCUGUUGCCUGGACAGCUUUGUGUGUUCAGUUAAAUAUGUUUUAUUGGAUUAGUUGUUGAGUAGCAUGCUCUUUGGUGGUUGCUAAAUGCUAUGAUUUGUCUUGUCAAACGGUUUUA